AAAAAUUCAAAUUUUUCUUAGUCAUAUUCACAUUGAUCAUUAUUAUACAAAGACUUCUGAUCUCAAAGAUGUUGAAGUUUCCACAUCUCCUUGGUUAAUUUAUAAAGGAAAUCCAUUCGCAUAAUCACAUAGCAUUUUUCUAAUUUUAAAUAUUUUUUUUCCACAGAUGAUCUACCGUUUUUUGUUUAUCGCAUAUAUAAAAAGUUUGUAAACAAAAACAAAGUCGAGAGUAACUGUCACUGUAGUGCGAUUUCAGCUGUCAUAAUAACAAAAGUAGUAGAUUAUGAGGUCGGUGCGUUGAGUGCGUUUUGUUGACAGGCGACAAUUCGAAUAAAACAGUCAAAGAGUCUUUGUUUAUAUAAAAUAUUCUUUAAAACAAAGCCAAUGCAAUGCCACGAGUUGCGUACGUUAUUAGUGAGGAAUUGAUCAAACAAUGUGACAAAAUUCCGGUGUUGAAAAAGCGUGCUUCGAUGGUACAUGAAUUGAUCCGAGCAUAUAAUUUGCACCGGCUGAUGGAUUGUGUCAAACCGAAUGUGGCGAGCGAUGAGAAUUUAUCCCUAUUUCAUUCACAAUAUUAUUUGGAUUAUCUCAAAAAUGAAUGUACUGCCGAAUUAAGUUUUGAAAGUGUUGGCUCAGAUGAUGAUGAUGAUGCUGAGGAUUCAGACACAUCCGAUGUUGAUGACGAACAGUUGAAUUAUGGUUUGGGAUACGAUUGUCCAAAGAUUUUCAAUUUAUGGAAGUUUGUGCGUGUAAUUGCUGGCGCAUCUGUGACAGCUGCCAAUUUGCUGUUAAGCAAUCGACGGAUAGUGAUAAAUUGGUGCGGAGGAUGGCAUCAUGCACAAAGAGAUGAAGCAGAAGGAUUUUGUUAUGUCAACGACAUUGCCAUAGCCAUUCAACGGUUACGAACUCGGUUCCAGCGAAUAUUAUACAUUGAUUUAGACGUUCAUCAUGGAAAUGGCGUGGAAAAUGCCUUUGCUUACACGAGACGCGUGUUCACGGUUUCAUUCCAUCAAUUUCAACCGGGUUUUUUCCCAGGCACCGGCAAUGUGGAUGACUGCGGCCAUGGUAUUGGCAAGGGCUAUUGCGUGAAUUUCCCAUAUAAAUCACACAUUCGCGGUGAAUUAUUCAUUAAAUAUUUUUACAAAACUCUUACGGAAAUACUGAACAAAUAUCAACCUGAUGCAUGUGUCGUACAGUGCGGAGCCGAUUCGAUUGUCAGCGAUCCACUCGGCGGUACUAAUUUAUUGCCCGAAGAUCUAGCCAUUUGUGUUGAACGAAUUUUAUCAUGGGAUCUACCAACUAUAUUCCUAGGCGGCGGUGGUUACAAUUUUCAAAAUGCGGCACGAUAUUGGACAACAUUAACAUCGAUCAUAUGCAAAACAAGGGAACCGCUUGAUAACGAUUUACCAGAUAAUGAAUAUUUCCUUCGCUACGGACCCGGCUAUGAAUUAUCGAUUCCGAGAAAACAAUUGGAUGAUUUGAAUACGGAAAAUGACAUGGAAACUACUUAUCAAACAAUUAUAGAAAACCUGAAAAAGUACAAUGUGUUCAACUGUUAAAAUUCAUUCUAACAAACAACGAGAGGCGUGGAAUAGGAAAAUCUCAUUUGUUUGAAUAUAUAUUUUAUCACUUGUUUUUUUUUUCUAAUUAAAAAUGUCCAAUUGUAAUUUA